AUGGUACUCGCACUUGCUGUGAUAGCUGAGCUCAAUGGAGUGACAGACCUCCGACCAAAUGAUACCGAAGAAUCCCCCUUCUUUUAUACCUUCAAGGUCCAAUGCACUUCCUGUCGCGAGACACAUCCCAACUUCGUCACUAUGAGUCGCUUUGAGACCCACGAAGUUAGCGGCAGUAGAGGCGAGGCGAAUUUUGUCUGGAAAUGCAAGAAUUGUAAGAGGGAACAUUCCGCAAAUGUCAAGGCUGCGCCAGCUUCAUAUCCACAAUCAGAUCCCCCAAAGACCCAGAACAUAUUAGAGUUCGACUGCAGAGGUCUUGAAUUUGUAGAGUUCAGAGCUGAUGGUGAAUGGCUCGCUACUGGACUCGAAUCGAAUACGAAGUUCUCCGGUAUCGAUCUCAAUGAAGGGGAAUGGUUCGAUUAUGACGAAAAGGCAGGGGAGGAGGUCAGCAUCACGAAUGUGAAGUGGGAGGUGCGAAGAGCAUGA